AUGGCUGAUCCAGUGCACGACUAUGCCACAGACAGCAAGCAGAGCACCGAUCCUUUCCGAAAUAAGAUGAAGACUUCCUUGGUCUUCUUACUGGUGCAUAUGUUUUGCCAUCUUUGCAGAGCUCAGAAACACGGCAGUAACAAUGAUAUCUUGCUUCAAGCUCCUAACGUUGAGAGCGGGGAAAAGAAGGCACAGAUGCAGAGGCCUGGGACUGAAGCUGAGGGAGAGAGUAGAGCUGAGGCACCUGACGGCCAGAGUAACCAUGCUGAGAGCCUGGUGGAAGCCUUGGAGAAGGAGAAUUCCGUGCAAUCUACAGAGCUUUCAGUCUCUCAGCAGAAGCUCAGCAUGCUACAGGAAAGACUGACAGUCAGUGAAGGCAGCAUAGAGGAGCUGGAGAAACAGCAGAAAGGACUAACGGCUACACUGCAGGAACUUCAAAAUGCCAACAAAGGAACGAUUGAUUUUGUGUUCUUUAACCUUGACACAGUGAGCCACAGUGUGGCUUUUUCUGCCUCCCUUUUGGCAUCUGGUGAUGGUAACACAAGCGCAGACACAGGUUAUGUUCCACUCAUCUACAAAAAUGUCUUUACCAACAUUGGACAACACUACAACCCAAACACAGGUUUCUUCACUGCACCAGUGAGAGGAGUGUAUUACUUCAGAUUUACUGGUCAUGUAGCACACUAUGAAAGUGUAAUGAUAUUGAGACUUGUCAAAUACGAACAUGUUUUAGUUACAGCAGCUGACCGUUACACCACACCUACAGAUGCAGAGGACAAUGCAUCCAAUGGUUUAGUGGUGCAGUUAGAAGUGGGAGAUGUUGUUUCGGUACAAAUUUUUGGAAGUGUUUGGGAUGACCACUAUCACAGAACAACCUUCAGUGGCUUUCUGCUGUUUCCUUUGUAAGACAUUACAAUUGCCAACAUGAGAGCUACACAAAGGGACCAAUUUGUGUAAUUUCA